AUGAAAGCUUUCUCAGGAUUAUCAAUUGUCAUUAUAAGCUGCAUCAUCAGCUCCAAUUAUUUGCUGAGUUAUGCCUGGAAUGAGACAGAUAGAUUGUCUUUGCUGGCUUUUAAGGAUGCAAUAACUUCAGAUCCUAAUGGACUCCUUAAAUCAUGGAACUUUUCCCUUCAUUUUUGUCAAUGGCAAGGAAUUUCAUGCGGCGUUAAGCAUCCUGACAGGGUAACUGUCCUACAACUAAUCUCUCAGGGUUUGACCGGUCGUCUCUCUGCCCAUAUCGGAAAUCUCAGCUUUCUCAGGAUUAUCAAUCUUCACAACAACAGCUUCCAUGGAGAAAUCCCGCCGGAAAUCGGGAAGUUGUCUCGUUUACGCUCUCUUUAUCUAGACAGCAACUCAUUCGGAGGAGAAAUUACAACAAAUUUGACAAACUGUAAAAAUCUCAGGAUGAUUGAUUUUUCCAGCAACAAUUUCCAAGGUAAAAUACCUGUAGAGCUCAGUUCUCUAAUGAAUCUUGAGAUCCUGAGACUCGGAAAAAACAAUUUGCAAGGACCAAUCUCACCUUUCCUAGGCAAUAUCUCAUCUCUGGAGGAGCUGUCGUUGACCGAGUUGAGUCUGAGCGGAAGCGUUCCAGCAGAACUCAGUCAGUUGAACAAAUUGCAUGAUUUGAGUUUUAUAACAAACUUAACUAACUGCACAAGAUUGGAAAGGCUGCAUGUGGAUCAAAAUCGUCUCAAUGGCCGAUUACCGGAUUCCCUAGCAAAUCUUUCUGCUCGAAUCAGAUAUCUGACAUUGAGUAGAAACAUGAUUAUGGGACCAUUCCGUCAGAGCUUGUUGUAUCCUGGGAGAUAUCGCACAUACUGCGAAAUAUUUUUUAAGGGCAGUGACAUCACGCCUCAAGUAAUAAUAAAAAACACUCUGUUUUUACAACAAUUAAUACCAUCCACAUUUGGUAAUCUUACUGCUCUAUUAAAUCUUGAUUUAGAAGGAAAUAACCUUUCAGGAAACAUACCCUGGAGCUUCGGAAACUGUAGAAAUUUACUGUCCCUGUAUCUCGGUAAUAAUAAUCUUGAAGGAACUGUUCCAGAAUCAAUACUUGGCCUUUCCUCUAUCUUUGAUAUCAAUUUAUCUCGCAAUUUCUUAUCGGGUUCCCUUCCGCGAGAUUUCGUCUGCUCAAAUCAUCUUGGACGGUUAGAUUUAUCUAAAAACAAACUAUCAGGUGGCAUUCCAGAUACACUUAGUUCUUGUUUCAGUUUGGAGCACUUCUAUAUUCAUGGCAAUUCUUUUUCAGGAAAUAUUCCCGAUACACUAAGUUCCGUUAGAGGACUUAUUCGGAUUGAUCUCUCGCGUAAUAACUUCUCUAGUGUGAUUCCGGAGUUUUUCUUACAAGGCUUCAGGGAAGUUCCGAAAAUUGGAAUUUUCACAAACGCUACUGCCAUUUCUGUUAUUGGAAACAGUAAGCUUUGUGGAGGAAUCCCUGAAUUGAAGUUACCUGCCUGUACCGACUUCCGCCCCAAGAAAACAAAACCUGAGUCAGUUUUCAAAGUAAUUACUGCAAUAGUUGUUGUGAUUGUCUGCUCGGCUUUGUUUGCGGUUUUAUUUCUACCCCGCCGCUGGAGAAAAAGUAAGUCGGAAACAAAACCUGAAGACACAUUGCCUAACAAUCAGUUUAUCAAAAUUUCUUAUCAGGAUCUUCUUACAGCAACCGAUGGCUUCUCGAUUGAAAAUUCAAUUGGUCAUGGAAGCUACGGAUCAGUUUAUAAAGGAACUCUUCAACAAACUCAGCCCCUCAUUUGUGUUGCAGUGAAAGUUUUCGAUCUUCAGCAUAGAGGAGCGCUAAAGAGCUUCAGGUCGGAAUGUGAAGCUCUAAGAAAUGUUCGCCACCGAAAUCUUGUUAAGAUAUUGAGUGUUUCCUCCAGCGUGGAUUAUCAAGGAAAUGAAUUUAGAGCUUUAAUCUACGAGUUCAUGCCCAAAGGAAGCCUGGAAAGCUGGUUAUUCGCGACUAAUGAGAAUGAGUCGAAAAGUCUGAAUUUCGAACAGAGAUUAAAUAUUGCCAUUGAUGUUGCUUCCGCAAUUGAGUAUCUUCACUGCUACUGCCAACCGCCUAUUAUUCAUUGCGAUAUCAAACCCAGCAAUGUUCUUAUUGAUGAAGACUUUGUAGCUCAUGUGGGUGAUUUCGGAAUUGCUAAGAUUUUAUCUGAGGUUUCUGACAGCCAAUCUAGCUCCGUCUUUAUUAAAGGAACCGCAGGAUAUGUUGCCCCAGAUUCCAAUAUUUUGGACAGAAUAGAUUAA